GCAUAGCCACCGUGGUCACAGGAAAAAAACACACACACACAUACACACAAAAACAGCCGAACCCGUGGCAGAAAUGGAGGGAUUUGCCGGUGGGAUUUAAGGUUCCGUGCCCGGAGCGGACGCUCAUGCGGACGAGGCCGUUGGGGGAAGAUUGGGAUUGAAAGGGGCCAGGGUCCGAACGACGCCGGUCAUGCCCCCCAGCAAGAAGCCAGAGGGGUCGCGGGUCAGCGUGCUGAGUGGGCGGAGCCUGUUCUCCCGGACCGCCUCCCUCAGUGAAGCCCUGCAGGCGGCGGUGCCCGAGCUGGACCCGAGCGCGCCCGCCCCGCGGCCCGAGGACGAGGAGCUCACCAACCUCAACUGGCUCCACGAGAGCAGCAACCUGCUCAACAGCUUCGGCGACACGGUCCUACGCAGCGUUAGCCCGGUCCAGGAGCCGGACCGCGACGGGGCGCCCUCCCCCUCGCCCGCGCCCUCCGACCCGCCCUACGACCUCAGGCAGAACCCCAACUGCAAGCCGCCCUACUCCUUCAGCUGUCUCAUCUUCAUGGCCAUCGAGGACUCGCCCUCCAAGCGGCUGCCGGUCAAAGACAUCUACAACUGGAUCCUCCACCACUUCCCCUACUUCGCCAACGCCCCCACCGGCUGGAAGAACUCAGUGCGCCACAACCUGUCCCUCAAUAAGUGUUUUAAGAAAGUGGACAAGGACAGAAGCCAGAGCGUGGGGAAAGGCUCUCUGUGGUGCAUAGAGGCGGAGUACAGGCAGAACCUCAUCCAGGCGCUGAAGAAGACGCCCUUCCACGCCCACGCCCAGGUGCUGGCCGCGCCCCCCGCCUCCCUGCAGGCCUAUCAAAGCAUUUCCAGUCCUCCAUUGUGGCCUGGCAGUCCCUUCUUCAGAAGAAACGGGGGAGUCCUGCUGCAAGUCCCUCAGGGAGUGAUCCAGAAUGGAGCUCGCAUGCUGAAUCAGGAGGUGUUUCCGGGAAUCAGACCCCUUCCUAUAACUCCCAUUGGGAGCAGAUCCGCAGCUGUGAGGUCGGUCCUGAGCAGCUGCCGAAAGCGGAGUGACAGUGACCUGUCUUGCGACUCCCCGCUGGUCAGCAGCGACCCCAAGGAGGACCACAACUACAGCAGCGCCAAAUCCGCUGGGGGCGGGGGUGGAGCCGUGGCCACGCGUGAGGGCGGCGGGGGCGGAGGCGAUGCCCACAGUGACGACGAGACGGGCAGGGUGAAGCGGGAGCCCCGCGACACCCCUCCGGACGCAUACAAGAGGCGGCAGCUCUGGACAAAAGCCAAGCAGAGGGUGUCCAGCGACUCCCUCCCCCUGAAAAAGAGGCGCACGCAGAAGCCGCCCGAGAGCGACGACGAGGAGAUGAAGGAGGCGGCGGGCUCGCUGCUGCACCUGGCCGGGGUGCGCGCCUGCUUAAACAACAUCACCAAUCGGACGGCAAAGGGACAGAAGGAACAAAAAGAUACUCUGAAAAAUUAAAGAGAUGGACGAAAAAAAUCACUUUUGAUUUUUCGGAUUUUUUUCCAGGAUAUCAAGUGAAUUCCAAUGAUCUGUGGCAAUAUCAACAAUCACUUUGUUUUCCUCUCCGUUACACUGUCUUCUGAGGGUUUUCUCUUUUUUUUAUGUGUCCUUAAAGGAGAUUAAAGCCAUAGCAAAUUAAUUUAUCUAUUUUAACUCUCAGCUAAUUUGGGAAAGCAUUUUUUUGGUCUGCUGAACGUGAACACAGACCUGGGACACAGACACCUAGGUUCAGAAGAAGAGACGGGGUAUUAUGUCAUCAUUAAGCGUCCAAGCAACACAAACAAAAUCUGUAGCAGUCAUCUUUAUGUCAAGGUAGCCAGGCUUGGAAAUGAGGAACUGAGCAUUUAGCAGGUCAAUUAAACCAUGGUGAGCGUCCUUUGGGACAGGACAGCGUGAGCCCUCGACCGGCGGGCACUGAUGAUGUCACUUCAUUCACCGCUGUGGUGCUGCCGCGGCCGA